AGCCUCCUCUUUUUUGUUUGUACAUCAGAUUUCCGGGGGUCUCUGCAACUUUGGGCCCUAUUUCUUAGGUGCCUGACAGCUUUCCUUUGCAUUUACGGCCUGUGGUUCGUCUUUCGUUAGUCCAUCAUGGUCUUUUCCAUCUCAAGGGUAGCUACUACCCUCGGGCUUCUCUUGCCCACCGUUGCUUCAUUCGCCGUAUCUUACGAAGACCUUCGACCCAGAACGCCUGAGGUCCCUUGGAAGAAGACUGGGCUUUUCACUGGGCAUAGCAAACGGCAGGGGUACGAGACUGCCUGCAAUUUUGGCCCCGAGUCCAGAGGAUGCUGGUAUGGCGACUUCAACAUUGAUACGGAUAUGGACGUGUCAUGGCCAAACACGGGGAAGACAGUCAAGUACCAUCUGACUAUCACAAAUACCACUGGAGCACCAGACGGUUUCGAGAGGCCAAUGCUACUGAUCAACGGGCAAUACCCAGGACCAACUAUAUUCGCUGACUGGGGAGAUGACCUGGAGAUCACUGUGACCAAUAGCCUUGAAAACAACGGUACAGGUCUACAUUGGCACGGUCUGCGGCAACUCGGAACGAAUGAACAAGACGGUGUCAACGGCAUCACUGAAUGCCCAAUCGCGCCCGGUGACUCCAAGGUCUACAAGUUCAAAGCAACUCAAUACGGCACCACUUGGUAUCACUCGCACUACUCAGUGCAAUACGGCGACGGCAUUGUAGGGCCUCUGAUCAUCAGAGGACCUUCAACAGCAAACUACGAUAUUGAUCUUGGCCCAUUGCCCAUGACUGAUUGGUUUCACGCAACCACCUUCACCGUGAACGCUGCAGCCGUUCACGCCGCCGGUCCUCCAACCGCAGACAAUGUUCUUGUCAACGGCACAAUGACAUCGGCUUUUGGUGGCAAGUACGGCGAGACAAUCCUAACCCCCGGUAAAGCGCAUCUGCUGCGCCUGAUCAACGUUGGUAUCAACAACUACCUCCAUGUCGGCCUCGAUGGACACAAGUUCAAGGUCAUCUCGUCCGAUUUCACGCCUAUUGAGCCUUUCGAAACUGACAGCCUGGUCCUUGCAGUCGGCCAACGCUAUGAAGUCAUUAUUAACGCGACCCAACCUAUUGACAACUACUGGCUCCGCGUGGGCACUGGUGGUACAUGCGAUGGUCCCAAUGCCAACGCUGCAAACAUCAGGAGCAUCUUCCGGUAUGCUGGCGCUCCCAGCACGGAUCCCACCACCACUGGCGAGCUUCCAACGGGCUGCUACGACGAGACUAACAUUGUACCCUACGCCAAGACGACCGUUCCCCAGGAGAUGCCGGAACAAUUGACCGUAGGCUUCAACCCCAACUACACUAGCGAUGUGACGCAAAACCAAGGCCUGGUACAAUGGCUUGUAAACGGCAAUCCCAUGGCAAUCGACCUCGAGGUUCCGACACUACAGUCAGUGCUGGAUGGCAAUGUUACCUUUGGAAACAACCGUCACGUCUUUGCUGUCGAUGAGACAAACAAGUGGCAAUACUGGGUCAUUCAACAGACCGCCACCAACCCACCACUUCCCCACCCAAUCCAUCUUCACGGCCACGACUUCUACGUCCUCGCACAAGUCGAAAAUGCAGUCUGGAACGGCGACAUUUCGACGCUGAAGACCGAUAACCCCAUUCGUCGCGACACGGCCGAUCUUCCCGCUGGCGGUUACCUGGUUCUUGCAUUCGAGUCUGACAACCCCGGCGCAUGGCUCAUGCACUGCCACAUUCCCUUCCACGUUGCCGCCGGUCUCGGCGUGCAAUUCCUCGAGCGCGAAUCCGAAAUCGGCGCCAAAGACGACUACGCAGAAAUGCAACGGACAUGCGCAAACUGGAAGUCGUACAUUGAUGACUUCCAUCCAAAUGGCAUCUUGUUCCCCGGCGACUCUGGACUGCGUCGGUAAAAAAAAAAGUGCAGAAAGCAAGAUCUUGUGUUUUUUUUUCUUUUUGUAAAGCCUGAUUCAAGGCUGCGGUGGUUAUCUUCUGUUUCGAUGAUGAUGAUGAUGAUGAUAUCAAUGAUACUCCACCCUCGUUUGCAUUUUUUUUUCACCUUUUUUUUGCUUCCUUCACAAGAGCGUUCUUGGGUGGCUGGCUUUUACUUCUUUUUCUUCUCAUGUCUCAUCACAUGCCCG